AUGCUUAGACUUUUUUUUGUUCUUCUAUCCCUCCUCUGCUUCUUGCUACAUUAUGUCCAGUGUGAUGUUAUAAUUGUGGACUCUAAUGAAGUUAUCCAAAACUUUGACAAGGACACCGUUUUAAACCUGUCCGAUAAAGUUUUUAACAUAUUCUUAGACACGACUACGAAGAACGCCGACAUAACAUCAACAUAUUCAAAUAUUUACAAUAAAUCCAAAGUCACCAUAAAUGGAACCUGCGCAUAUGUUAAGGAUCUGAUCAAGGGAAGAAAUCUCAAAUAUUUAGACGAGCAGGACACCCUGGAAUAUAUCACAACGCCGAGCACGAAUAAUUUUUCCAUAUACGUGUACACAAUUAACGGGCAAGCAGAUAUCAUACCGCUCAUUUACCAGAAGCACCCCAAAUAUAUAAGCUACAUUGUAACCUGCCAGGAAACUGACAUUUUUGACAACCCAGAAGAUGCAAAGCAAAAUAAAAAUGUCUUUCAUACAAGCCCGAGCAUCCUAUCCCAAUUGAUAGUCAUCUUCUUAAUAUUUUUUUUCCUGUUCAUUGGAUUCUCCGUUUUAAUGAAUAUUAGUACUCCAAAAAUAUUCGAAGAUAAACAGUUAAUAAUAAAUAAGGAACACUGA